AUGCUCUCCGCACCAGUAAACCUGCCGAAAUGGCUCGAAGAGAACUCUCACCUUUUGAAGCCCCCCAUCAACAACUACUGCGUUUACAAUGAUGACUUUACCGUCAUGAUCGUUGGUGGCCCCAACGCCCGCACAGAUUACCACAUCAACCAAACACCCGAAUGGUUCUAUCAGUACAAGGGCGCCAUGAUGCUCAAGGUGGUCGAUGACGGAAACUUCAGGGACAUCAUCAUCCGCGAGGGUGAGAUGUUCCUUCUGCCCGGCAACACCCCGCAUAACCCAGUGCGGUUCGCCGACACGGUCGGUAUCGUGCUGGAGCAGAAGCGUCCCGCGGACGCCAUCGACCGCAUGAGGUGGUACUGCCAGAACUGCAAGGAGAUCGUCCACGAGGCGAGCUUCCACUGCACCGAUCUGGGGACGCAAAUCAAGGCGGCUGUAGAGGCUUUCAAGGGGGAUGAGCAGCUGAGGACUUGCAAGAAGUGUGGCGAGCUGGCGGAUUGGUGCCCUAAGCCUGGAUCGAUUAAGAACCCGAACGAGGAGUAG